GAUCCACCGCCUCAGCCUCCCAAAGUGCUGGGAUUACGGGCAUGAACCACCACGCCCGGCCCCAGAUGCAUGCUUCUUAUGAGAGUCUAAUUGCUGAUGAUCUGUCACUGUCUCCCAUCACCCCUAAAUGGGACCGUCUACUUGCAGGAAAACAAGCUCAGGGUGCCCGCUGAUUCUACAUUAUGAUGCCUCGGCAUCUCCCAAUGGGGUGGCUUUGCCCUUGGCUCCUGUUCCCUGUGAGCUGCCUGGUCCUGCUGCAGGCGGCAGGCUCUGGGAGCAUGAAAGUCCUGCAGGAGCCCACCUGCGUCUCCGACUACAUCAGCCUCUCUACCUGCGAGUGGAAGAUGGGCGGUCCCACCAAUUGCAGCGCAGAGCUCCUCCUGUUCUACCAGCUCGUUUUUCUGAUUUCCGAAGCCUACACGUGUGUCCCUGAGAACAACGGAGGCACGGAGUGCGUGUGCCACCUGUUCAUGGAGAACAUGGUCAGAGCGGACAACUAUACGCUGGACCUGUGGGCUGGGCCGCAGCUGCUGUGGAAAGGCUCCUUCAAGCCCAGCGAGCACGUGAAACCCAAGGCUCCAGAAAACCUCACGGUGUAUACCAAUGUCUCCGAGACUCUGCUGCUGACUUGGAGUAACCCCUAUCCCCCUGAUAAUUACCUGUAUGAGAAGCUCACCUAUGCAGUCAACAUUUGGAAUGAAAACGACCCGGCAGAUUCCAGAAUCUAUGACGUGACCUACCAAGAACCCACCCUCCGCAUCGCAGCCAGCACCCUUAAAUCUGGGGUUUCCUACAGGGCACGGGUGAGGGCCUGGGCUCAGAGCUAUAACAGCACCUGGAGUGAGUGGAGCCCCAGCACCAAGUGGCAUAACGCCUACAGGGAGCCAUUGGAGAAGCACCUGCUGCUGGGCGUCAGUGUCUCCUGUGUUGUCAUCCUGGCCAUCUGCCUGUUGUGCUAUGUCAGCAUCAUCAAGAUUAAGAAAGAGUGGUGGGACCAGAUUCCCAACCCAGCUCGAAGCCCCCUUGUGGCUAUAGUAAUCCAGGAUCCUCAGGUGUCACAGUGGGAGAAGCGACCCCGAGGCCAGGAACCAGCCAAGUGCCCACACUGGAAGACUUGUCUUACCAAGCUCUUGCCCUGUUUUCUGGAGCACAGCAUGAAAAGGGAUGAGGAUCCCCUCAAGGCUGCCAAAGAUAGGCCUUUCCAGGGCUCUGGAAAAUCAGCAUGGCGCCCUGUGGAGAUCAGCAAGACAGUCCUCUGGCCAGAGAGCAUCAGCGUGGUGCGGUGCGUGGAGUUGUUUGAGGCCCCAGUGGAGUGUGAGGAGGAAGAGGUAGAGGAAGAUAAAGGGAGCUUCUGUGCAUCGCCAGAGAGCAGCAGGGAUGGCUUCCAGGAGGGCAGGGAGGCCAUUGUGGCCCGGCUCACAGAGAGCCUGUUCCUGGACCUGCUCGGAGGUGACAAUGGGGACUUUUGCCAGCAGGACAUGGAGGAGUCGUGCCUUGUUCUACCUUCAGGAAGCGCGAGUGCUCACAUGCCCUGGGAUAAGUUCCCAAGUGCAGGGCCCAAGGAGGUGCCUCCCCGGGGUGAAGAGCAGCCUCUGCACCUGGAGCCAAGUCCUCCAGGCAGCCCGACCCGGAGCCCAGACAACCCGACUUGCUCAGAGAUGCCCCUGGUCAUCGCAGACAACCCCGCUUACCGCAGCUUCGGCAACUCCAUGAGCCAGUCCCCAUGUCCCGGAGAGCUGGAUCCAGACCCACUGCUAGCCAGACACCUGGAGGAAGUGGACCCCGAGAUGCCUUGUGCACUGCAGCCCUCUGAGCCAACCAGUGUGUCCCCUCCUGAGCCAGAAACCUGGGAGCAAAUCCUCCGCCGGAAUGUCCUCCAGCAUGGGGCGGCUGCAGCCCCCACCUUGGCCCCCACCAGUGGCUAUCGGGAGUUUGCACAUGCGGUGGAGCAGGGUGGCAUCCCGACCGGUGCGGUGGGGGGCUUGGGUCCCCCGGGAGAGGCUGCGUACAAGGCCUUCUCGAGCCUGCUUGCCAGCAAUGCCGUGUCCCCAGAGACAUAUGGAUUUGGGGCCAGCAGUGGGGAGGAGGGGUAUAAGCCUUUCCAAGAUCUCAUUCCUGGCUGCCCCGAGGACCCUGCCCCAGUCCCUGUCCCCCUGUUCACCUUUGGACUGGACAGGGAGCCACCUUGCAGCCCACAGAGCUCACAUCUCCCAAGCAGCUCCCCAGAGCAAUUGGGUCUGGAGCCAGGGAUAAAAGGAGAGGACACGUGGAAGCCCCCACUCCUCCCAGAGCAAGCCACAGACCCCCUUGGGGACAGCCUGGGCAGUGGCAUCGUCUACUCAGCCCUAACCUGCCACCUGUGCGGCCACCUGAAGCAGUGUCAUGGCCAGGAGGAUGGUGGCCAGGCCCCUGUCGUGGCCAGCCCUUGCUGUGGCUGCUGCUGUGGAGAUAGGUCAUCGCCCCCUACAAUCCUUCAGAGGGCCCCAGACCCCUCUCCAGGUGAGGUUCCACUGGAGGCCAGCCUCUGUCCAGCCUCCCCGGCACCCUUGGGCAUCUCAGAGAAGAGUAAAUCCCCAUUGUCCUUCCAUCCUGCCCCUGGCAGUGCUCAGAGUUCAAUCCAGAUCCCCAAAAUCAUGAACUUUGUCUCCGGGGAACCCACAUGCAUGAGGGUCUCUUAGAUGUGUGGCCUCUUGUUGCUGAGUUCUGCAGAUGAGGACUGGGGCUUAUCCAUGCCUGGGAAAUGCCUCCUCCUGGGAGGCAGUCAGCCUGGCAGAUUUCU